GAAAAAAAAAAUCUGAGAACCAAACAAACAACUCAGCUCUGCAAAUUUUCUCCCCCAAAACCUAAAGAGAGCUCCGAUGGCCGCAAUCAGUCUCCGGAAGGGAAACACCCGCCUGCCGCCGGAAGUCAACCGCGUCCUGUACGUGCGGAACCUUCCGUUCAACAUCUCGAGCGAGGAGAUGUACGACAUCUUCGGGAAAUACGGUGCGAUACGGCAGAUACGUAUAGGGACGAACAAGGAUACGAGAGGGACGGCGUACGUGGUGUACGAGGACAUCUACGACGCGAAGACGGCGGUGGAUCAUCUCUCCGGGUUCAACGUGGCCAACAGGUACCUGAUAGUGCUGUAUUACCAGCAGGCCAAGAUGGGCAAGAGGUUCGAUCAGAAGAAGAAGGAGGAUGAGAUCGCUAAGAUGCAGGAGAAGUACGGCGUCUCCACCAAAGAUAAGUGAUUCUGAUUUUCUAGGGUUUCGAAAUUUUAAGGAUUUAUCGAAAUGUAGUUUGUUGAGGAUUAUGUGUGUAAUGUGAUAUUUGGAGUUUGGAUAGAGUUGAUUAUGUAAAAUUUGUUCUUUGUGCCAGUAAUCUAUUGUUUGGUAAUACUGAUUAGAGUUUAGGAU